AUGUCGUUCGAGGACGAGGAGGAGGCGUUCGAGCACACGCUGCUCGUUGUCCGCGAAGUCGCCGUCUACAAAAUCCCGCCGCGGAGCACAUCCGGCGGGUACAAGUGCGGCGAGUGGCUCCAGUCCGAUAAGAUCUGGUCGGGUCGGCUCCGGGUUGUGUCUUGCAAGGACCGGUGCGAGAUCCGACUGGAGGAUCCGAACUCCAGCGAGCUCUUCGCCGCCUGCUUCGUCCACCCGGGCCAGCGCGAGACCUCCGUAGAGACCGUGCUCGACUCGUCGCGAUACUUCGUGCUCAAGAUCGAGGACGGCAACGGAAAGCACGCGUUCAUUGGGCUGGGGUUUGCAGAGCGAAACGAAGCGUUUGAUUUCAACGUGGCUUUGUCGGACCACGAGAAGUACGUCAAGAGAGAGCACGAGAAGGAGAGCAACGGCGGCGAGACCAGCGACGAUGGCCAUAUCGAUAUUCACCCUGCCGUUAAUCACAGAUUGAAAGAAGGUGAGACGAUAAGGAUAAAUGUGAAGCCGAAGCCGACGAGUGGGACUGGGAUGUUGUCAGCGGCUGGGCUAUCCGGGACGGUGAAGCCCAAACCGAUUAGUUUGGGCCUGGCUCCGCCGCCCGGGUCUGGGAAAGUGAGGUCGGCUCUGCCGCCACCUCCUAAUGAUCCUGUUGCUGCUAGAAUCAGCUCUGGUGGUGGCCUCAAGUCGCCCCCGGAUAACCCGAGGCGGAGCUCCGACCCGUUAUCCGAUCUUUCUCAGAUUGAGAGGAAUCUUCCUUCAGCGACUGGAUCAGGUUCAACAAAGACAACCGCUGCAGGAUGGGCGGCUUUCUAA